AUGCAUUUGACAACCAACAGCAGCAACUCGACGGCGGCCAAUGCCAACAACAAUAACAACAACACGUCCAACAACAAUAACAACAACAGCUCGAACGGCAGCAACAACAAUAACAACACUAGCAAUGCAAACGGCUCCAACAACAACAGCAGCAGCAACAACAACAACAACAACAGCAGCACAGAGCAAAACACGCCGCCAACAGCCGCCCAACUACUGAACGAGGCCUACACCAAAAUGACGUCAGACAUCUUGGCCGAACGCACCUUGGGCGACUUUCUCACCGAACACCCCGGCGAGCUCAUCCGCACCAGCAGCCCGCUCUUCGUCUGCACAGUGUUGCCGCCGCACUGGCGCUCGAACAAGACGCUUCCGGUCGCCUUCAAGGUCGUCUCGCUGGGGGACAUCAUGGACGGAACGAUGGUGACAGUACGGGCCGGAAACGAUGAGAACUACUGCGCCGAACUCCGUAACUGCACGGCAGUGAUGAAGAAUCAGGUGGCCAAGUUUAACGAUCUACGCUUCGUCGGGCGCAGUGGACGAGGGAAAAGUUUUACACUAACCAUCACCGUGUCAACGAAUCCACCACAUAUAGCCACCUAUAACAAGGCCAUUAAGGUGACUGUGGAUGGGCCGCGUGAGCCGCGCUCCAAGACAAUGUUAUCCCUUUUAGGGCAACAACAGCAAUUUCACUUUGCGUUUGGUCAACGGCCGUUCCACUUCUCCACGGACCCUCUUUCCGGCUUUCGAAUGCCGCCAAUCGGCAAUUGUCAGAGUGCCAGCAACACACACUGGGGCUACAGCUCGGCCGCCUCGGCCUAUUCGCCGUACUUGGCCAGCAGCGGCUUGUCCUCGUGUACCACGCCGACCUCGGCGCAGUUCAACAAUCCGGCGCUGGGCUUCACCUGCUCUUCAAACGAUCAGACGAAUAACCAGGACUUUGGAGGCGCUACGAAUCGCGACUGUGUGCCAAUGCUCCCAGACUCGACGGCCAGCGAUCUGGACCAACAUCUGAGCAGCUUAGUGGGCUCCACCAGCGGUCAAAUGACACACCAUAGUUUGCUUGGCGCCAGCGGCCAGGCCUCUAUUUCCUCUACUGUCAAUGGCGCGAGUACAGGCAGCGGCGGUGCGGGCGGUGCCGGUAGCGGUGCAGGCACUGGCAGUGGCGCCGGUGCCAACUCCAUCCUUGUACCGCGCUACCACACCAACGCGAGCAACGACUACAACGUACAUUCCAGCCAGAAUGGACCGCGCAGCCUGAGCGACUCCUCACAGGCCGAGUCGCCGGUGCAGGAAGACCUGCUCUCGACGAAUACCCCGAAUUUGGGCAGCGGCAGUGCCGGCGCAGGCAACGGCACCAACAGCGGCAAUGGAGGCGGCGGAUCCACUGCGGGAGCAGGCAGCGGUCCUACAGCUGGUGCAGGUAGCGGCGGGGGAUCUGGUGGUGGCAACAAUGGCGCCAUGCUGGGCGCAAAUCAGAACUUCCCCGGCAUUGUGAAUCAGGCACAGCAUGCAACAGCUUAUGGUGGUGGGGCGGGCGUGGGUGGUGGUCCUGGUGGAGCUGCCGGCGCUGGUUGUAACGGCUCCCUCUACCCCGUGCUGCCCGCCAGCCUUUUGUACUCGCAGCUCUACACCGCGGCUAACCAGACGGCCCACGGCUUCCACUCCCACACCUUGCCCGCCCACGCCUCGCCGAACUCGUCGGUGCACGGGGAGCUGCAGAGCGUUAUGGAUCACAUCAGUAAUGUGGGCGUUCGACAGCAGCACAAUAUAAUGGCUGGCGGAGGCGUGGCGCACCCGGGCGAUCUGACACUGAUCGGCAACUGUGGCGCAUCCGUACGCAACAUCGAGGAUGGCAACACCAAUCGGCAGGUGGCUGCGCUCGCUGCCCAUCGCGGCCACCACAACCCAACCGACAAUGGGGGCAGCGUUUGGCGGCCAUAUUGA